AUGGCACGUACGAAGAAAGCUUCUACUUCAUUGAGUGAUGAUGAGGAUACUUCCCUCAACAUCACAGAAUCCCAGAUGAAGCAAAGAUUAGUCGACCUUGCAAGAAAGGAUUCUAAGGAGAAGGUGAAAAUGCCCGAGGAAUUUGCACCAUCCAAAUCAUACACAGAUUUAUUGAGGAUUGAAAGUGUGAUAGCACCCAUUCUGUUUACUGCACUUUCUUUUUUUGUGCGUAUGUACAAGAUUGGCAUCAACAAUCACGUUGUAUGGGAUGAAGCUCACUUUGGUAAAUUUGGUUCUUAUUAUUUGAGACAUUCUUUUUAUCAUGAUGUGCAUCCACCACUAGGAAAAAUGCUAUGUGGGUUGUCUGGAUACAUAGCAGGAUAUAAUGGUUCUUGGGAUUUCCCUUCUGGGCAAGAAUACCCGGAGUAUAUUGAUUAUGUAAAGAUGAGACUGUUUAAUGCAACUUUUGGUUCCUUGAUGGUUCCUAUUGCAUAUUUCACCAUGAAACAAAUUGGCUACAACAGAAAGGUCACCUGGUUAUUUACUUUGAUGGUAUGUUUAGAAACUACGUAUACCACUUUGGCAAGAUUUAUUUUAUUAGACUCCAUGCUCUUGUUCUUCACCACUACUACGGUGUUGUGUUUUUAUGUGUUCCAUAACCUCAAUAGAGACGAAUCAAAAGUUUUUACCAGAAAGUGGUUUAAAUGGCUUCUUUUGACCGGUAUUAGUAUUGGUUGUGUUGACUCGGUGAAAAUGGUGGGUUUGUUUGUUACCUCAUUAGUUGGAAUUUACACUAUUGUCGAUUUAUGGGCAUUGUUUGGUCAAGUCGGUAAAAAAAUAUCAGUGAAGAAGUAUGUAUUCCACUGGAUUUGUAGAAUUUUUGGCUUAUGUGUUGUUCCACUAAUGGUUUUUAUGAUUUGCUUCAAAAUCCAUUUCGAUUUGCUUUCCGGAUCUGGACCUGGAGAUGCAACAAUGUCCUCUCUUUUCCAAGCUAAUUUACACAAUUCUACAUUGACGUCUGGUCCUAGAGAUGUGAUGACCCUCGAUUCUCUUGUUACUAUUAAAUCCCAAUCCUUAAGUGGUGGUUUACUACAUUCCCAUGUCCAAACAUUCCCGGAAGGCUCGAAUCAACAACAAGUUACCACUUAUUCUCACAAGGAUACAAAUAACGAUUGGACUUUUGAGUUAAUCCGUGAUGACCCUCGGAAUAGCUUUAAGGAACCUCAUUAUGUUGUUGAUGGUAUGAAGGUCAGAAUUGUUCAUAAGUCAACUGGUAGAAAUUUACAUACCCAUGAAAUUCCCGCACCUGUUACUAAAGGCGUUUGGGAAGUUUCUGGUUAUGGUGAUGCUAAUGUAGGUGACGAUAAGGAUAAUUGGAUUGUUGAAGUUGCAAAUCAAAUGGGUAAGGAAGACAAAAACAAAUUGCACCCGCUCACUACUUCGUUCAGAUUAAAGAACCAAGUUUUAGGAUGCUAUUUAGGUGUUACUGAUAACCAAUUGCCAGCAUGGGGUUUUAGACAAGGUGAAGUCGUUUGCUGGCCAAAUCCUUUCAAGAGGGAUAAGAGAACUUGGUGGAAUAUUGAAGACCAUAUUAAUCCUAAUCUGCCAAACCCUCCAGAAGAUUUUAAGUUACCAAAAACAAAUUUCUUUAAAGAUUUUGUCCAACUUAAUAUUGCCAUGAUGGCGACUAACAAUGCUCUUGUCCCAGAUUAUGAGAAACAGGAUGACUUGGCAUCAGAUUGGUGGCAAUGGCCUACUUUGAACGUUGGUAUUAGACUUUGUGGUUGGAGUGAUGAAAAUUAUAAGUAUUUUUUGAUUGGAUCACCAGCAACUACAUGGACCUCCACCCUUUGUUUGUUUGUCUUUAUCUUUGUUGUUUUAGGAUACCUAUUAAGAUGGCAAAGACAGGUUGACGAUUUUGGUAUUCAGAAUGUCGAAACAAUUUCCGAAGUUCUAGAAGACAAGAAUUCUGCACUUUACAAAUUAAUAUACGGUGGUAUUUACCCUUUCUUAGGUUGGUUCCUUCAUUACUUACCUUUUAUUGUGAUGGGACGUGUCAAGUAUGUUCAUCAUUAUAUGCCAGCACUUUAUUUUGCAAUGAUGGUCAUGUGUUAUGUCGUUGAUUUGGUUGAUACCAAGGUUAACAAAACCGCCUUCACAUUUGUUUGGUACGGUUCUCUUUAUGCAUUGGUGAUUGGGGUUUUCAUAUUUAUGAGCCCAAUCUCUUUUGGUAUGUGGGGUCCGAAUCAAGACUGGGCAUACCUCAAUUUAUUGAAGACUUGGAGAAUUGCUGAUCCAGUCAACUGA